AUUCAAAGGAAUAUAUUUGAGAUGGUUGUUCCUUGGAGAGACUACUCGGUGAGGAAACAGCUGCUGCAGUUGGUCCUUCUUCACACAGCCUGGGAAAUGGGGAGCGGCCAGCUCCAUUAUUCUGUGCCGGAGGAAUCCCAGCAUGGCACCUUUGUGGGCCGCAUUGCCCAGGACCUGGGGCUGGAGGUGAGUGAGCUGGUGCCUCGGAUGUUCAGGAUAGUUUCCAAAGAGCACAAGGAUUAUUUAGAGGUAAAUGUGCAAAAUGGAAUCUUGUUUGUGAAUUCUAGGAUGGACAGGGAGGAGCUUUGUAUCAAGAACCCUGUAUGUGCCAUUCACCUGGAGGUGAUUGUGGAUAACCCCCUGAGGAUCUUCCAUGUGGAAGUAGAGAUUGCAGACAUAAACGACAAUGCCCCUGUUUUCUCAGCAAGUGAGGAAAAUCUGUCCAUUCUUGAAUCAAGACUUGCAGGAUCCAUUUUCCCUCUAGAGGGAGCCUUAGAUGCUGAUGUUGGUACAAAUGCACAGUUAACUUACCACCUCAGCCCCAGUGAACAUUUCAUGUUAGAUUUUCGAAGGAGCAAUGAGGAUAAUUCCUUGGGCUUUGUAAUAACAAAGCCAUUAGACAGAGAAGAUAUUUCUGUGCAUCGCUUACUGCUCACAGCAACGGACGGUGGCCAACCUGUGCUAACAGGAACAGUUCAGCUGGUGAUCACAGUGGUUGAUGUGAAUGAUAACCCUCCUGUCUUUAACCAGUCAGUGUACAAGGUACAAAUGUUAGAAAAUGCUUCCAUUGGGUCAUCAGUGGUUAAGCUCAAUGCCACUGAUUUGGAUGAUGGCAUCAAUAGAGACAUUACAUACUCUAUUCGUAGUGUAAUCCCAGCUAAAUCAAGUACCAUGUUUAGGAUAGAUCCAAAUACUGGACAAAUUUUACUGAAUAAUGAAUUGGAUUAUGAGGACACUAAUUCGUAUGAAAUUCGAGCAGAAGCAACAGAUAAAGGUGGUUACCCCUUGUCUGGACACUGCAAGGUUUUAAUAGGAAUUCUGGAUGUGAAUGAUAAUAUUCCAGAGGUGUCAGUGACGUUCCUGUUGGUACCAGUUCCAGAGGAUUCUUCACUGGGGACAAUUGCAGCCUCAAUCAGUAUCUCCGACAGGGAUGCUGGGGUCAAUGGGCAAGUGACCUGCUCUCUGUGGCCUAUGGUGCUUCCUUUCAAGCUGGUAUCUACCUUUAAGAAUUACUACUCACUGGUGCUGGCUGAAUCCCUGGACCGUGAAGAGGUGGCUGAAUACAGGCUGGUGGUGACAGUCCAAGACCAAGGGACUCCAUCACUGUCAGCUAGCAGCAGCCUUGUGGUGCCCAUCGGUGAUGUGAAUGACAAUGCACCUACUUUUCCUCAGCCCUCCUACACGGUCUUUGUGAAGGAGAACAACCCACCAGGUGCUCACAUCUUCACAGUGUCCACCUUAGACCCAGACAUAGGUGAGAAUGCCCUUGUCAGCUACUGGCUGGAUGAGAAGCUUUGGUCAUUGUCAAGCUACAUCUCAGUGCACUCAGAGAGUGGGAAGGUCUAUGCUUUGCAACCCUUGGACUAUGAGGAAGUGAAGCUGCUGGAGUUCCAGGUGAGAGCCAAGGAUGCUGGAUUCCCCCCUUUAUGUGGCAACGUCACAAUACAAGUUUUUGUGGUGGAUGAGAAUGACAAUGUGCCUGCGGUAUCGAGGCCAGAAGAGGUGUCCCUUGCUCUGCUGGUAGCCCCUGUCUUGGCUGGACAUGUGGUGGGCAAGGUCCAUGCCCUGGAUGCUGACUCAGGCUACAAUGCAUGGCUGCGCUAUGAACUGCAUGAGGCAACCAGAGGCCCUUGGCGUGUGGGACUGUACAGCGGUGAGAUUAGUACAACACGAGCCCUGGAUGAGAUGGAGGGCAGCAGCAGCAGCCAGAGUGUGCUAGUGCUUGUGAAGGAUCACGGCAAGCCAGCACUGUCCACUACAGCCACAUUGAGUGUGUCAUUUGUGGCAAGCACUCAGGUAAUCCAUAGGGAUGCUCACCUUCCUAGAAUGGGAGGGAGUCCAAAGCCACUGGUGGACAAUGUCAACAUCUACCUGAUAGUUGCUAUCUGCUCAGUAUCCAGCUUGUUCCUGCUUGUGAUUAUAGUAUACAUGGCUCUGCGGUGUCAGUGUCAACCCAAGGAGCCCGUGGUGUAUGGCCCUGGCACAGCCACACUGGUUUGUGCCAGUGAGGUGGGCAGCUGGUCCUAUUCCAAUCGCCACAGCCACAUCCUGGCAGCUGCAAGCGGGGAGCCUGGUGCCAAAAAUGAUCUGAUGGUUUUCAGUCCUGGUAUUCCUUCCAUUGUGGAGAAUGGGAAGCAGCAGGAUCUGCUCUGUGCCACGAUGGAACAGUAUCAGACUCUUUUUCAUGGCCUAACAGAAUAG